AUGGCAGGAGGCAGCGAUGCAGAUUCUAGAUCUUUAGAACAAACGCCCACCUGGGCUGUGGCCAUUGUUUGCCUGGGCUUUGUACUUAUUUCUAUAUUACUUGAACAAGCUAUACAUUUCCUUUCAAGGUGGCUCAAGAAACGCCGAAAGAAAUCCCUGGGGAAAGCAUUAGAUAAGAUCAAAGAAGAAUUGAUGCUGUUGGGAUUUAUCUCGCUUCUGCUUACUGUUGGGCAGACAAAAAUUUCUCAGAUUUGUAUAUCUGAGAGCUUAGGAGACUCUUUGCUUCCCUGUCCAAAGGAGGAGGCCUCAGAAGUCGAAGAGACUGAAAAGUUUUCAUUACCUGGAUACCAUCGUAAGCUCAUGUUCUUAGCUUCUGAAAUACCAUUAAGGCGUAGCUUGGCCACAGACGAAAUUCAAAGUGGUCAUUGUGCUGAUAAGGGGAAGGUUCCUCUGAUAUCACAAGAUGGACUCCAUCAACUGCACAUAUUCAUUUUUGUAUUGGCUGUUUUUCAUGUCUUGUCUUGUAUUGUAAUCAUGGCGUUAGGAUGGAUAAAGAUGAAGAAAUGGAAAGCAUGGGAGGAAGAGACUAAAACAUUGGAUUAUGAAUUUUCAACCGAUCCUUCGAGGUUUAGAUUUACUCGUGAAACUACUUUUGGAAGGAGGCAUAUGACUUUUUGGUCUACAACACCAAUUCUCAAUUGGAUUGUGUGCUUUUUCAGACAAUUUGUUAGAUCUGUACUUAAAAUUGAUUAUUUAACAUUGCGCCAUGGAUUCAUACUGGCUCACUUCGCUCCACAUAGUAGAUUUGAUUUUCAAAGAUAUAUAAGAAGAUCAUUGGAUGAUGACUUUACUAGUGUUGUAUCCAUCAGUCCACCUCUAUGGUUUUUUGCGAUCUUAUUUAUGCUACUCAACAGAAGAGGGUGGUUCACAUUUAAUUGGCUCUCCUUCAUUCCAUUGAUUAUUCUUUUGAUAGUGGGAACAAAGCUGCAAGUCAUAAUAACUAGAAUGGCAUUAGAUAUCCAAGAUAGAAAUCAUGUUGUGCAAGGAGCUCCAGUGGUGAAGCCCAAUGAUCAACUAUUUUGGUUUGGUCGACCCAAGUUGAUUCUAUAUCUUAUUCAUUUUACCCUAUUUCAGAGCGCUUUCCAGUUGGCUUUCUUCUUUUGGGCAUGGUAUGAAUAUGGUCUGCAAUCGUGCUUCCACGAUCGGGCGACAGAUAUUAUAGUUAGAAUAACCUGUGGGGUUGCAGUUCAAAUACUCUGUAGUUAUGUAACUCUCCCUCUCUACGCUCUUGUGACACAGGUAUGCAUUGAGAUAGAAACAAACACAUUUGAUUUAUGCUUUUUUCAAUACUGCUGUGAGAUGAAAUAUGGGUUUUGUGCUUCCAGCUAG